AUGCUUGCCUUUAAUUGGCACAUUCUAAUAGCCCCAGGGGCCUUUCGGGAGAAAAAAAAAAAAAAAAACCUAAAGUCUUCUCUCUCUCUCUCUCUCUGUCCCUCUCUUUUUCUAAUUUAUUUUUCGGAAAAAGGAAAUAUUUCAAAAAUGUCCACCUCGUCAACAAGAAGAUCAAGCGGUCCAGUUCUGCGAUCACUGUCGCCUUCCGGUAGAUUCUGCACAUCGCAAACUGCGAACUCUUACCUUUCAUCAUCGUCUUCGUCUUUUGCUUCUUCAACGAGUUCGAGCUUUUCUUCUCAUUCGUCGACUUUCUUUCGUCAUGACGACGACCAUCACCACCAUCACAGUCAUCACAGAUCUGCCUCUCCUACACGUGUCAAUCUCAAUACGAAUGCUUCACUUUCUUCGUCAGCUGUUCGUUUCUCGAUUGAAAGAUCUAUUUCUCCUAACAGAUCGAUUUCUGUUGCGAAGAAAAAUAAUCCGAUCUCCUUUCAGAAAAGAACUUGUAUGUGUUCACCUACGACUCACCCUGGCUCGUUCCGCUGUAGUCUGCAUAAAAACACUGGCGUCAACCAUCACGGUCAUAGUAACGGAUCUAUGUCCUAUGCCCCUAAUCGUUUGAAUAUGAGAAGAUCGGCUAUGACAAACUCGCUGGUGAGGAUCGGUGGUGUCGAAGGAGAGUUGAUGAGGAGAUCGUUGAGAGAUUUGAUUCGUCCUUCUUCGCAUCAUCAGAAGAGACGUGAGGGGUUCCAGCCAAGGCCUAGUCGACUUUCGAUCAUGUCCAAAGCUGACAACCUUUGAGUCUCAUCACAGGUUGUUUCUCGAUUUUGAUAUCUUUCAUCUCCAAUUCUGUCAAUUCAAAUUAACGUGGUGUGGAGCUGACGGAUGAUUCGAAGCGGUGGCUGAGUCAAUUCGAGUGAGGAAGUUCUCCGGGACUGAGUCAAUCAGGCAGAGUUUGCGUAUGCUGCGAGAUUGAAUCCCUAGAUUUUUGUCGGGACACAUAGAUUGACCCAUUGUAUAUACUCAUUUGCUAUGGAAGGAGAUAUUCGGACAUUAAA